AUGCCACACCCGCCGAAGUAAAAAAGUACAGCUCCCUCACCACACCCCAUUGCCCUCCUCCAACCCCAAAACCACCUACUAUAACAAUCUAACAACCCCCAAAAGAUCCUUCUACACCCUCUCCAAAGCCCACCACCCCGACCUCCACCCCAAUGACCCCAACGCCUCCACCCACUUCGUCGCCAUCUCCAACGCCUACACAAUCCUCGGCACGCCCGCCAAACGCGCCCAAUACGAUCGCGAGGUCCUGCAACACCCCAAUUCCAAUUCCGAUUCUGCCUCCCAAACCACCGUCCACAAAGGUUCCAACCACUCCUCCGGGCCCGCAGGCGGCCGUCCCGCAAGCGGACUAAGUCGCCGACGAACCCAUUUCCAAGGGCCCCCACCGUCAUUCUACCGCAGCGGCGGGUGGGGAGACCAUGGAGCGAAGAGGGCCGCUGCGCAGAAGGGGAGCUCGACGUCGGAUCCCUCGUCCGAAUCUUCAUCUUCUAAUACCUCUUCUUCUUCUUCUUCUUCUUCAUAUAUGAACCAGCCCUAUCACCUAAACAACGAUGUCCCCCACUUCGAUUGGCGCGAGCACCUGCGGACGCAGGAGAACCACAGUCGUCGACUACGAGCCCGGCGCAGAAUGAUGGGGGACCCAAGGGCGGGGGAAGGUGAUGUAGACGAGGGACAGAGUAGUACACUUGUGAAUAUGCUCUUUAUGGGGGGGAUUGUAUUUUUGGCGGGGUAUGUGCCCUGGGUUAUGAAUAAUACUAUAUGGUCCGGAAGUGGUGGGGGAAAGAAGAGGGCGAGAGAGGGGUAG